AUGGUGGAAGGGACUAUGUCUCUUGAUGCUGUUAUAAAGGAAGCUGUUGAUUUGGAGAACAUUCCUAUUGAGGAGGUAUUUGAUAAUCUAAAAUGCACAAAAGAAGGUUUAACCUCUGAGGAAGUACAAGAGAGGCUUGACAUGUUUGGAUACAAUAAACUUGAAGAAAAAAAGGAAAGUAAAAUACUGAAGUUUUUAGGGUUUAUGUGGAAUCCUUUGUCAUGGGUUAUGGAAGUUGCUGCUCUCAUGGCCAUUGCUAUGGCACAUGGAGGGGGAAAGCGAGGAGAUUAUCAAGAUUUUGUUGGCAUAAUUAUUUUGCUAAUUAUAAACUCAACCAUAAGUUUCAUAGAAGAAAAUAAUGCUGGUAAUGCAGCUGCUGCCCUUAUGGCAAGAUUGGCUCCAAAAGCAAAGGUACUUCGUGACGGAAAAUGGAGCGAAGAAGAUGCUUCGGUAUUGGUCCCUGGAGACAUAGUUAACAUCAAGCUAGGGGACAUCAUUCCUGCCGACGCACGUCUCCUUGAAGGUGACCCUUUGAAGAUUGAUCAGUCUGCUCUUACCGGAGAGUCACUCCCUGUGACUAAACAUCCCGGAGAAGGAGUAUAUUCUGGUUCAACUUGCAAGCAAGGAGAAAUUGAAGCCGUAGUCAUAGCAACUGGAGUUCACACAUUUUUCGGAAAGGCAGCUCAUCUCGUCGAAAACACAACACACGUUGGACAUUUCCAACAGGUUUUGACAUCUAUUGGAAAUUUCUGCAUCUGUUCAAUUGCUAUUGGAAUGAUUAUUGAAAUCAUUGUGAUAUACGGCGUCCACGGAUAUGGUUACAGAAACGGUAUUGAUAACCUUCUAGUGCUACUAAUUGGAGGAAUCCCUAUUGCAAUGCCAACUGUUCUUUCAGUUACAAUGGCUAUUGGCUCACAUAAGUUAUCUCAGCAGGGUGCUAUAACAAAGAGAAUGACUGCUAUUGAAGAAAUGGCCGGAAUGGAUGUGUUAUGCAGUGACAAAACAGACACAUUAACUCUUAACAAGCUUACAGUGGACAAGGAAAUGAUUGAGGUUUUUGCCAAAGGUGUUGGCAAGGAUUUGGUUGUACUUAUGGCUGCAAGAGCAUCAAGGAUGGAGAACCAAGAUGCAAUUGAUUGCACAAUCGUUUCAAUGUUGGCAGACCCAAAGGAGGCACGAGCUGGAAUAAAAGAAGUUCAUUUCCUUCCGUUUAAUCCAACUGAUAAAAGAACUGCCCUUACAUACAUUGAUGGUGCUGGUAAUAUGCACAGGGUUAGCAAAGGUGCACCAGAGCAGAUUCUCAAUCUUGCACAAAACAAGGCAGAAAUCGAACGGAAGGUUCAUGCGAUGAUUGACAAGUUUGCAGAACGUGGACUUCGUUCUCUUGGGAUUGCAAGACAGGAAGUACCGGAAGGAAGUAAGGAAAGUGCAGGAGGACCAUGGGAGUUUGUUGCUCUUCUCCCUCUUUUUGACCCUCCGAGACAUGAUAGCGCAGAAACAAUCAGAAGAGCUCUUGAUCUUGGCGUUAGUGUCAAAAUGAUCACUGGUGAUCAACUCGCAAUAGGUAAGGAAACGGGAAGGGGUCUAGGGAUGGGGACUAACAUGUAUCCUUCUUCAUCACUGCUCGGUGAAAAUAAAGAUCAAUUAGGUGCUGUUUCCAUUGAUGAUCUCAUUGAGAAAGCUGACGGUUUUGCUGACAGUGUGAAUGCUAUUGACGUGGAAGCAUCCUUGUGGCACCAAAGACUUAUUCAUAUUAGUGAAAAAUGGCUAUAUGUUUUGGACAAAAAGGAUGUGCUUCUAGGACUAAAGAAUUCAUAUUUUGAGAAUGAAAUUCUGGUAUCAGAUAUGAGAUGUCGAAGUGAAUUCCCAAAAAAAUGGUUUGGAAAGAAUGUCAAUUAUGGGCAAGAUGAGUUUGGUUAUAGGUUAUAUGAUCCUGUAAGGAAGAAACUCAUCAGAAGUCGAGAUGUGGAGUUCAUGAAAGACCAAACUAUUGAAGACAUCGAUAAGGUGGAUAAGACUACACCCAAGAAAGAUAUUAGUUUAUCUAAUAUGUAUCCAGUUAAAUUACAUGUUCAUAGUAUGGAUAUUAUUUAUGGUGAUGACAUGAAUGAUGAGCCGCAUGAUUAUGCUUAUGAUCAAUAA